CAUUUUUUUCUAGAUAUUUCUAAAACUUUCAGUCUGUGUGAGUUUCAUGUUCUGUGAGGAGAGUAUGCCCAACACAUAUAUUUCAUCCAGAGAAGGCAAUUGCAAAUACAACACACAAAUGCAACAUGCACACAAUAGGAUGACAAGAUCACAACAAACUAAAUAAUGUAUGAGACUCAAUAUAGAUUUCAUCUUCAGUGAGGUUUCUUGUAGGUGAAGGACCUGCCCUGUCCUAGCACACUGUAACACAGCAGGACUCAGAGGCUCUGUUUCACUUCUUUAUUGAUUUAUAACCAGUUUCACUUGUGAGGGUUUGAGAUUUAUUUUUUUUUAUUUUUUUGCCAUUAAAGCAAAUUUCAUCUGCAGGAAAAUUCUAAUAUACAUCUCAGGAAUAACAUAUUCCCCACAAGAUCCAUUUAGGAACCCCCUGGAGCUUUGGACUAUAUCACAUGGUCUCCCUCAGCAGAUUAUUCAGUUAGCAUGGAGUUGUUUUCUGAGGAUUUUAAUGACUCUCUUCUCAAGUUUAAACCCUCAUACUGAAUAAUGCUAAGGACAAAAAGAAAAAUACAAAACUCGUCAAAUGUUCUCUGCCGAUAGCGAUCAUGUGACAGAACUGAAAGGUCCAGUCAGACAGCUGCAAAUGGACCUCGUGGUGCUUGGUUUUAACCAACUGCUGAUUCCAGUGUCAAGAACUUUUAUCCACAGGAUUUUAAAGUUUGCUGCAUAACUGAUAUAAAAUUAUUAACUCUACCAAAACAUAAAUCUGGACAGCAGAAAAGCAAGUAUGUCUUCUUGGAUUGACUCAAAGGCUUCAUUCGGUCUAAAGACGUCAUAAGGCACUUAUUAUUUCUCCAUUUGUAUUUUUUUUAAGAAUUCACAUUGUGAAUAUGAGCAUCAGCUUUCACAGCCCCGUUUUUCACUCCGGAAAGUCAUACUUAUCUCCAAAUGCUGACCUUCACAAUAAGAGCUGGCCUCCAGACAAAAUAAAGAAUAAAAGCACAGCUUGGGCAUUUACAGCAAAGUGCACUGAUGUAAAUUAACAUUUCAGAAAACAAAUUAACAUUUCAGAAAACAAAUUAACAUCACUCGAAACACUUUUACAAGUGGCAAAAUCAACCGGAAAGGGUAGGUACUAACUCCAAGGCUGACCCGGAAGUGAUAACGGAAGCGGGCAUUUCAACCCAAGAUGGACAGCAGUCGAGUGGCGUUUUGCCCGUUUUGCGGGGCACAUAUGAGUAGAUUAACGCGGUUUUGUUUUUCUUGUGGACGGUCCUUAGAGUUUUUAAACGGCACAGAACAGACAGAACGACCAGAUAUGCUGCAGCAGUGCAUACGAUAUUUUAAUGAGGGUCACUCAUACGCUGUAAUCGUAGACAUGAUGGCAUGUUUACACGGUGUACACAUCAGCUUAAGGUCGCUGAAAAGCAAACUGAAUGAUGCCGGGUUAUAUCGCAGAAAGGAUUUGUCCUCUACCGACGUCAUAACUAGAGCAAUACGAGUGGAACUUCGUGGACCUGGACAGCUGUUUGGCUACCGCAUGAUGUGGCAGGUACUCAGACAAAAGUACAAUCUGCGAGUGAGGAGGGAUCAUGUAAUGAAUUUGCUCCGGGAGCUUAAUCCUCAAGGGUGCGAGAGGAGAGCACGCAGAAGGUUUAUAAGAAGAACCUACCACUCCAUGGGACCGAACUAUAUGUGGCACGUGGAUGGUUAUGAUAAACUCAAGCCAUUCGGUCUGGCACUUUCAGGGUGCAUCGAUGGAUUUUCCCGUAAAGUACUGUGGCUUAUAUGUGGCGCAACAAAUAAUGACCCAUCUGUGAUCGCUCACUAUUUCCUGUCAUGUGUGCGAAACCUCGGUGUCAUCCCCAUGAGACUGAGAACCGAUUGCGGCACGGAGAACGGGACCAUGGCCGCAAUUCAGUGCACGCUACGCCACCACCACAAUGACUACUACUCUGGAGCGUCCAGCCACAUGUAUGGCUCAUCCACAACCAACCAGAGGAUUGAGUCCUGGUGGUCCAUAUUCAGAAAGGGAAGGUGUCAGUUCUGGAUGGAGCUAUUUGCAGACCUUAGAGAAGCUGGAUACUUAAAUGGGAGUCACGAGCAUCAGUGUCUGCUGAGAUAUUGCUUUGGUGAUGUUAUUCAGAGGGACUUGGAUGAGUGUAUGAGACUGUGGAACAGUCACAGGAUCCGCCCCUCCAGAACAGCAUCAUGUCCAGGAGGAGUGCCAAAUGAGCUCUACUACUUACCACACAGGUUUGGCUCCAGAGACUGUGGAUUUAAAAUCGAAAUGACUGAACUGGAUGCCUUUCCUGACGUUCAUCUGACAAGAGCUCCAUGUGGGGACCCAAACAUGCAAGAAUACUUGGACUUUGCAGUGGAGCACAAUCAUUUACAGAAGCCAGAACAGUGGCAGUCUUCAACUGAACUAUAUCUGAAACUAAAAGAAAUUGCUCAGCUAUGAAUUGAAGGGAAGUUUAUUGUAAUGAUGGUGGAACAUGUACACAACUUGUCACCCACAG